AUGGAUAUAAUUGAUUUUAAUAAAUAUGAUUACAAAAAAAUCAUCCACAUUAAUUUUGAUCGAACAGUUGUUAUAAAUACUUAAAAACUGUUCGUCAUCAUCAAACACGGAAAAAAAUACCGCCGUCAUCUCGCAACAAAAAUAAUAAAAUAAUUUUUUUUGGGGUUGUAUCAAACAAAAAAUGCAAGAUUUGUAUGGUGUUAGUGUUCCAUUACCAAUCAGUAAUAAGGAAAAUCAACCGGAAAAUACAUCAAUAUUACCAACAUCCGGUUCAUCGCCACCGCCAAGUAAUCAAGAUAUAAACAUGGACCGUACUACAAUUGAUACCAAAGAUGAAUACCAAAUAUCCACACGUUACCAACAACGUCGAUUAAUUAAGUCAACAACACCACAAAAAAUCAUCAAAUACGAAGCCGAAGAAAGGGAAAAUAAUACUACAGUCAAUGCAAACCAAACUGAUGACGAAGAUAAUGACAAAAAUGAUGAUAUUGAAAAUCAACAAUCACAACAAGAUACACAUCAUGAUUCUCAACAAAACUCGUCAGUUACAAAAUUUACAUGUAUGGUAUGUGAUUUACGUAUUGAUAAUCAAUCCGAUUACAUAACACAUAUCCGUGAACAUGAAAACAGCAGCACAAAAAGUGGUGGGUCCGAUGAAACCACACAAUACACAUGUCGAAUCUGUCAAAAACAAUUUAAUACUAGUGCAAAUUUAGAGCGACAUUUACUUGUACAUGGAGGUGAACGCCCAUUUCGAUGUAAAAUAUGUUCGAUUACAUUUACAACAAAUGGUAACAUGCAUCGACACAUGCGAUCUCAUGCCGAAUAUGAAUCUGACGGUAGCACAGAUAGUUCUACAACAAGUGCGGGUUCAUCAACACGAAAAUCACAAAGAAUGAAACGUCGAUUUGAGUUUAACAAUAAUAAUUAUAAUAAACGUAAAGCUGAUUGUAUGGAUUCUUCGGAUGAUGCAAUGCCGCCAGCGACACAUCGUCGUCGGUUAAAAACAAUUAACAAUAACACCAUAAAUGCAUUACAAAAAUUUCAAUGUCCAGUAUGCAAUCGUGAAGAUUUUGCAUCUUUGAAUGUAUUCGAAACGCACUUGGAGGAUACACAUCCCGAAUAUCAAAUAAAAUGCGAUCAAUGUAAUUUAAUCUUUAAGAAUCAUCGAGUGUUAAAUUUACAUCGUUAUAUGAGUCAUCAUCUCAAUAAUGAUACCUCCAAUGAGAAUAAAAAUAGUAUUAUUGGGUUUAAAGAUCUAACAUUUGUUGAUUUUUCAAGUGAAAAAUUUCCAAUAAUUGCAAAAGAAGUAUGUGAAAAAUCAUUCCAUCGUGCAAGCAAUGAAAAUGAUUUGAAUUUUCAAUGUACGAAAUGUUUACAUGGUUUUCCAUGUGCAAGUGCAUUAGAAAUACAUCAACGCGCUUGCUUAAAUAGUGAUUAUUAUAAGACGGGAAAUUCUAGUGAUAAUAAUGACGAACCACGCUCUGAAGAAGACAUUCGUCGUUCAGAUUUCUUUAAUGGUUUAAAGUUACAAGAUAAAUCACAACAGCAAGCUGAACAACCACAAGAGCAAACACCAACAUUUGUACAAAAAAUACGUUUAAAGGAAUGCUUAUCACGCGACCCUUCGAGAUCUCCAUUACCAACAAUGGAUUCUACAAAAGAUUUAGCUGAUAUUCAAUCAAUUAUAUCAGUGACAAGUGCUCAAAGUUUAUUACAACAAUUAACAACUCCUAAAUGUAUUCCUCCGAUUCAAUUGCCGUUAUCGAUGCAAAUUACACCACCGGACUCAAACCAGCGUCAUCAACAAUCUCAAGAAAAUCAUCAAGAAGAAGAACAACAAGAUCAAUUUGCUUCAGAAUUUCGUAAAAUGAAACAAAAGGGUGAAUUUCCAUGUCGACUAUGCUCGGCAGUAUUUCCAAAUUUACGUGCACUAAAAGGGCAUAACCGUGCUCAUUUAACCGGUAAUGGAAAUGGACCAUAUCGUUGCAAUAUGUGCCCGCAUUCCUCAACUGAUAAAGCUGCUUUGGUACGGCAUAUGCGAACACAUAAUGGCGACCGUCCUUAUGAAUGUUCGCUCUGUAAUUAUGCAUUUACUACAAAAGCCAAUUGUGAGCGACAUUUACGUAAUCGUCAUCGUAAAGUCACACGUGAGGAAGUGAAACGUGCUAUAAUUUACCAUCCUUCAGAGGAUCCAACAAAUGAUGAAAGUUUGUCAGGAUCAAUUAAAGGUUUUACUCCACCAAGACGUAAUAACGAUGAUUUGAUUGCAUCAAAAUUGUCACAAAUCUCAGAAGCAAAGCGUUCAUUAAUUUUCUCAUCGCCAACUGUUGAUAAAAUUCCAUCAACUGUUGCAAAUCCUUUACAAAUACCUGAUUUCCGUACUGUUAUGUCCAAAAUACAAUUACCAAAUAUGAUUUUACCGAAAGAUGAUAAUUUACCAGGAAUUGUGAGGAAUAAUUUGGCUGCAUUAAAAGAUCACAGAAUUUUACCAAAGAUACCAAAUGUGCUAAAUUUAUCAAAUAAUAAUGACGAUAAUCGUAUGAUCCAUACACCACCGAUGGUAUCAAUGCCCAAAAUUCAAGUGAAAGAUGUUAACGAAUUAAAGCAAAUUCCACUUGAAUUGGACACACCAGCCAAAAGUGAUCAUUCAGAUUCAGAGCCUGAAGAUACGUACUCAAACCAUUCAAACCAUUUGAUGUCAACACCAUUGUCACAUUUUGUACGAGAAAGUCGUCCAAUAGCUGCACCAAUGGAUUUAAGUAUGGAUGUUUUAGAUUUAAGUAAAAAGAAACGAGACGUAACACCAGAGCCAGAAAUUCAAAAUCAUGAAGAUGAUGAUAAUGAUAGUUUAGACGAAGACGAAGCAAAACCACAAGAUUUAACAAUUAAAACAAUGAGUCAAAUGGCAGCGGCGGCAACACCUCCUCCGGCAUCAAUAUUUGAAAAAACACAAUUAUUACUAGCACAACAAUUACUGAAACGAGACACAGUAGUUCCUUCAGUGUUUCCGCCAAAUUUCUAUUCUAAUUUUUAUAAUGCGAAUACACGACCACCAACAGUGCCAUCAUUAACCACACCACCACAGUUUGGAAAUUUCCCCGGAAUAAAUCCAUAUUUCUUACAAGCUCAUCCAUUUUUAACACCAACUGCAUCACCACAAGAUUUUCAAGAGAUGAAAGAACGAUUUCAAAAAGAAUUUCUUGAAAAGUUACGUGGCUUACAAAUGAGCGGUGGUGGUUUAAUUAUGGAACAAUUAGCUAGCGAGAAAUUGCAAUCGUUUCAGCAAAAACAAGAUCAAAAUACUGAUGAAAAGUCACCGUUGACCAUUGAUACAAAUCAACCAUUUAACAGUGAUAAUAAUUCGCGUUCACCAAUGAAGCAACAAUCAACACCAAAAAUGACUGAAAAUAUUAUUUCUCAUACACCAAAUUCGGUGAAAAUGGUUAUUAAAAAUGGAGUUUUAAUGCCAAAACAAAAACAGAGACGUUAUCGUACUGAACGUCCAUUUUCAUGUGAACAUUGUUCGGCUCGAUUUACGCUACGCUCAAAUAUGGAACGACAUAUUAAACAACAACAUCCACAAUUUUGGUCACAGCGUCAAAGAUCCAAUAUGUCAGCUGGUGUGCCUGGUCGAAAACCAUCUUUACAAAUUUUACCAAACAUUCAACAACAGCAACAAGCACAAAAUUUUGAUUUGCAUAAAAAUUUAUCAAAUUUACCGAAUGUACCAAAAGAGAUCCCACCAAAUUUUUCUCUACCAACAUUGAACGAUUUAAAUAAACAACAACCAUUGUUAAUUAGCGAUCAAGUAAAAUUCGCCAUUUUAGCACAACAAUUAAAACAACAGUCAAUGAAACAACAGAAUUUUUCGAAUAAUGUUGUGGUAAAAGACGAGAAUUCACAUGGAAAUGAUGAUGAAGAAGAGAAUGAUGCUUUGGUGAUUGAUGAAGAAAUCUCACAGCAAAGUGCGUCCACAAUUGAACGUAACAAUCAAACUUCUUCGCCAUUAGUGAUUAAAUCUGAUUUAUUACCAACAAUUUUGCCACAACAGCAACAGCAAAAUGAACAAAAGAAAAAUUUAGAAGAAAAGUUAAAAAUGAUACGAGAAAAAUUAUUACAACAAGAGUCAAAUAAAAAAUUUAAUGAAAGCUUAGCUAUAAUGGAUGAACAAAAACGUGAAGAAAUUAUUCGGAAUGAAGAUUUAGUACCUGUAUCAAAAUUAUUAGAUAAUGCUGCUCAAAUACCAUUUCGUGAAUAUUUUCGGCGUGAUACAGAAGAUACUGAAACACCCUCCGAAGAAGAGGAAGAAGGAUUUUUAGCUACAAGUGGUAGUACUAGUGAAGGAAAUAUUUCAGGCAGUGAUGGCAAUAGAUCCGAAUCAGAACAUCAACAUUCAAAGAAUACAUCAAACAACAUAAAAGAAAAUAACAACACCGAACAAUCAAAUGAAAUGCCAGUUAAGAAAAAAUCAGCAUACUCAUUAGCACCAAAUCGUGUCAUAUGCCCAUAUUGUCAUCGUAAAUUCCCAUGGUCAUCAUCAUUACGCCGCCAUAUCCUAACACACACCGGGCAAAAACCAUUUAAAUGCUCACACUGUCCACUAUUAUUUACAACAAAAUCGAAUUGUGACCGCCAUUUAUUACGAAAACAUGGCAAUGUUGUGAAUCAAACCGCAUCAAAUAAUAAUAAUAAUAAUAACAAUAAUAAUACGACUACACAAUCGUCAAAUGAUCAAACAACUCCAAAUGCGAUUCCCACAACAAAUUACAUGAUGCGAAAUGUACCCGAACGCCCAUUUAAAUGUUCAACAUGUCCCAGCUCAACAUUUUCAACCUUAAGUAAUCUAAAAAAGCAUGUUUCGUGUAAACAUAGUGGAUCAACAUCACCUACAUCAAACAAAGGUGAUGGAGACCGACCAUCUGUUACGUCAGGUAGUGUUUAUGAUAGUCAUUCUUCAGAAGAUGAAUACUCACGCGUUGAGAAGUUGAUAAAAACUUACAAAAAUGAUAAUUGGGAUCAAAACAUUAACAAUAACACCGAUUCAUUGAUAACAAAUUCAACAACAAAUGGAAAUAAUAAUCCGGGAGCAACGCCACAAAAUUCUGAUUUACCAUUUAAAUGUCAUUUAUGUGACAGCUCAUAUGGUGAACGUCAAGAGGCUUUGGACCAUAUUAAAGAUCAACAUACCGCUGAAUACGAAUUAUUGUUAUCAAAAGGUGCGCUAGAACAAUCUCAAAUACAUCACGAACAACAUCAACACAGCAUCGAAAAUCAUAGCGAUGAACAAGAUGAUCAAAUUCAUUUACGUGGUAAAUUCCCUGAUUAUGCUAAUCGUAAAGUAAUGUGUGCAUUUUGUAUGCGUCGUUUUUGGUCUGCAGAAGAUUUACGUCGUCAUAUGCGUACCCAUACUGGGGAGCGUCCGUUUUCCUGUGAUGUAUGCCGACGACGUUUUACGCUAAAGCAUUCCAUGUUACGUCAUCGUAAAAAACAUAAUAAUAAUAAUAAUAAUAACAAUAGCGAUGCUGAGACGACACCUUCAAAUUUGACUACGAAUAACAACGAUGAUAAUAAUAUUCAAAGUAGUAGUGCUGGUGAAGAAACGGAUUUAGAAAAACCUAGUGAAAAUAAUAAUAAUAAUUUAUUAGUGAAAUCAACAGCUGCAGCUGAGGAGCCAGAAAGUGGUGGUAGUGAUUUAUUAAGUAAUUUAUUACAAAUUCGUGAUCGCUCAAUUAUUGAUCAAGUUUUAGUAUCAUCCGCCGAUGAUGCUGCUAAAUUAUUAGGAGUAAAUAAAAAUAUCGAUUAACUUUAAAUAAAAUGUAUACGGAAGCCUUGUUAGACGUACUUAAUAAGAUCUCAUUCAUAUCAUAUAGGUAACAAAAAAUACAUUUGAAUCAGAAAAAAUCUUUUAUAUCGGACAUGUAAUAAAUAAUUCAAUCGAAAAUCAAUAAAAACAAAUAAGGCCAUUUCCACUUAAGGGCAAAACUACGCCGGUUGUUAACCAAACCGUAAAUAUUUUUAGUAAUAAAUAAUUUCGAGUAAAAUUUAGUCAAUUACAUUUCUGACACUAAAGAAUUUAAAGUUUUCACUAUUUUUUUUAAAAUUCCAUAACGUGUGUUUUUGGCGUGAAAUUUCACAAGAGUUUUUGCAAUCACUUAAAAUUGAUUUUAUUUUCUCAAUAUAAAAUAUUAUCAAA